AAAUCACAAAAGCACAGCUCGCAUUCCUUGUGCAUGGGUUUUGAGCUUUUGGGCGAUACUAGCAAUACGCAAAAGCUCAAGCAGAGCUAUAGCUUCGGAUGGCGUUUCUUCUAACGCUGCUACUACCGUGGUGGCCGCUGUCGCCGUGGCUCAGCCCCGCUGCGGCGUGGUUCAUCUUCUUCAACGCCGUCGUCAGCGCCAUUGCCGUCAUGUCUACCAGCGGUAGCGGCAGCGGCGGCGCCGGGGCCACGCCGCCGUCGCCUACGCGCAGGCUCUGCCGCAGCGGGUCGUCUAUGGUCCUGGAUCGCCUCCGGUCCUUGUUCAUUUUUUCCGUGGAGGUGGAGCAGCUGCCGAUCGAUGAAAGCAGCAGUGCUGCCGCGGCCUCGCACUGUUGCUGGCCAGAAGCAGAGGCGGCGUCCGCGACUGAGCGCAAUUCACAGGCUGCGGCCGCAACAACCGGCGAGACGGCAGCGAUCAGCAGCACCGCGCAACCGAGCGCCUCUGUGGCGGUGGCAACAGCCGUGGUCCACGCGCCUUCGGCACCGCCAACGGAGGAGGAGGGCAAUGCAGAGAAGGAGCAAGAACAUGAUGAGUCUGCUAUUAGCUUGGACGAGGCCUACGCGCUAGCCCAUCGCCAUCGCACGAAGCCGCUGGCGUCGCCGCCGUCAGCAGCAGCCUCUGCCACCGCUGCGUUGCCGACGGAGCACAAGAAGGUGGUGGCGGACUGGCGGAGGGUACCCAAAGCAGGGGAGGCGCUUGAGGGGAAGGCGGAGUUGAACGCGCGCGCAGACCUGUUCAUCCGGCAGUUCCGCGAGGAACUCAAGCUGCAGAGGCUCAACUCCGUCCUCAACCACACCCACGCCCUUGGCUAACGGCGGCGCUGUAGCCGGUGUGCUACAAUGUGCUUGCUCCAUUGUUCACAUGGCCAUUUUUGGAUUAAUGUUUUUUUGUAAUUAAUUAGUUUAUACAGAGUAUAUAUAAGAGCAACUCGUUCGCUC